AUGCCGGACCGCCCAGGACAAAGUCGACUGACGCGAUGUCGCACUGGAUGCAUGCGCUGUCGAGUGCGCCGGCGAAAGUGCGACGAGGGCAAACCGCGAUGUCGGAACUGCAUUGACCGCAAUUUCCAAUGCCAAUACGGUCCCCAGUUGACCUUUUUGUCAAAAAAUGCACACACAAUUCAGGCUUCGCAGGUCGCCCCUCCAUCUGCAGGUUACGAAGCCAUCAGGUUUAUUAAUGAAGAGCCGCAGAAGGAUACUACCGAAACUGAAGCCGGAGCCGACGAUAAUGAGAUGGACGAUACAUUCUCUCAUACCGAUUUACCGUCGCAGUCGCAGGAGGCAACCGACUCAAACCCGCGCAGCCAUGCGCCCAGAAACGAAGAUGUGCCGUCUUGGUCAGAGAAGCCGGUGUCUCAUAUUGCGCACGAACAGCCUUCCACGGCAGUAUUCAGUGACAAGGAUGAAUCAGCCGUCGCGGGAUUGUUGGCGCUAGGAACUAGCAUGAAUGAGCCUGAUCUGGGGAUCGCGGGCUUUGCGGUCUCCUCUCCUAAAGGAGUUCCUCUGAUGAGCUCUGCGAUGUCGUCCCAUUUGUCGUAUAGUCGAUUGGCCUUUUCUCCACAACCUAUGCAUCCUCCCAGGUCAAUUAGAGAUGAGCUUUCGCCUACUGAGAUACAAGCACUGCUGCGGCACUAUCGCUAUGAAGUAGCCUCCUGGGUAAGACCGCGUACUGCGCGGAUCACUGACUUUCAUUCUGCUGCCAUGUCACCACUAUGGCAUGCGCAGCGGGUCUGCAGUAUUUCUCUCCACAAUGACCGACGGGAAUGCUGGGAUCCAUGCCUCCUGGCCUCGUUCUUUGUGGCAGCUCGUCGAAUGACACAUGAGUCGCAACAGCAGGAGGUGCUGCGAGGCUUUAAUCGUAUCCGCACGGUGACGGGGUGGAAUACCCAUGACUCUUUGCAAGGACUGCGAGCCGAGUGGGGUCUUCUUGAUGAGACAUGA